AUGGCCGAGCUCGCACUAGCUAUCAUUCCUCUGGGGAUAACAGUUACAUCUGGUCUUGUUAAGUAUUUGAAAGCCUUCAACGACCACGAUGACGACCGUACCCGACUUUUGCGUCAGGCUGAGCGUUUUGCAAGCACGUUUCAAUCACUUGAAGCCGCCUUAAACCGGUCUCAGCUUGACCCAGAACUUUCUGCCUCGGUAUCGCAGGCUUCUGGUUGUCUCAAGGAUUGCCAAAAAGCAUUGGAAGAACUGGACAUCCUUCAACAGAAAAUCUUUCCCGCAACCACUAGCAUGGUAGCGGCGACAUGCCCCGCGCGUACAAAGAACAAGAUAAAAGAUGGGUACAAGAAGCUCAUAUAUCCACUGCGAAAAUCCGACAUCGAAAGUCUGGGAGGAGCUCUGGAUAGGCUCUCAACAACGCUUGGCUUAGCUCUAGAAAUGCUUCACAUAGACGAAGAAUCCUUAACAAGAAAGAUUUUGAAUGAGCAAAUGGCCGAGAUUCAGAAAAGCACUAUUGUCAACUCCAAUACAGCUACAGCUAUCCAAGAACUACACCAACCUAUCACGAAGAUCGAUUUGGCAGUCCCCGUUCUGCAGACAUCUGUUGAUUCUAUUGUUCCCCGUGUCGAUCAGAGGUUGGAUCAGAUUUCCUACCAGAUUUCUUACCAGCAUGUCCAGAUGCAAGCUCAAAUCGAGGCACUUCUUGAUAUGGCUGGGCCUGCAAGAUAUCAGGAUCGCCUCGAAACAAACAGACAGCUUUCAUACAAUCAAUCCAGCGAACAAGGCAGCCAGCUUACAGCCAGCGAACCAGAACUGCUUACACUUUGCAAAAGAACUGAGUCUCUGUCUAUGUGCUCUUGCAAGCGUCGACGUGUGCGUCAGAGAAAAAGGUUUGCGCUGGGACCUGUGCAUUUCACCGAAGAGAUGUUAUCCAAUGUGUGGCACGAGAAAGACUGCGUGUUCUUUAAACUACCAUCAGACUACGAAAAGACACGAACCAUUCGUUUUACUGGUUUGGCUUCUUUGCUGAGAAAAGGGAUUGAAGUGUCAUUUUCUACCCGCUUUCGGGCCGGGGUAUCCAGUAUCAGUCCCUCUUUUACCUACUUUCCAGUGGUUCCAGUGGCUGAUGCACGCGUCGCACCAGCAUUCCUAGUCAUGGAUCUUCUUUACGAUGCAGCCAGACUCGAGGACAUUAAUGAGACAAGAUCUCGAAUAAUUCUGAACACGGUGCAGCGAAAGAUUCAAGAAUUAUUUUGCUCGGGAAGAGCAAGUCCCAAUGACGUAACCGAAGACGGCGAUACCCUACUUCAUGCCCUGGCAGAGUCGGUAUGGCGCUCGUUGAUAACUCCGGAAAAAGCAAAUUCCCCAUUCGUGCGUUUGACUUGUGAGGGUUUGGUCAAUUUUCUUGGUGCCGCAGGUACAUCUGUCACGGCUCGCGAUAAUCACGGAAACUUAGCAUUGCAUGGAUUUAUCAAUGGAACAUUUGUUCCUGCCUCCAUCUAUGGCCCGCUGAUUGCUGGAAACGACGUGGCAGAUCUCCUCUCCGUGCAUUAUUCCGCUCUAUCUCCUAGGCUUGAAAUCCUCAAGUAUCACGAGCACAACCCGAAAGUGGCAGAGAUUCAGUAUGGUCCCUUGAGCUUAGCAGUCAUUCGAAACAAUCUGCCAGAAGUGGAGCGACUCACCUCGACACAGCCACACAUGCUCGAAGAGUUAAGUGUCUACAGGGAGACGCCCUUACAUAUAGCCAUACACAGGCCCGAAAUCUUGAAAACACUGACCAAGAAAGUGAAUCCCGAAGUUUGGAUUCCACCGGACGGUUAUGGGGCGACUGUUCUUAACUAUGCAAUGCGAGCCAGUCGGGAGAUUUGUAACCCAGGAAAGGCUUUGGAUGAUUCAUGUUGCCCUUGCACAUUACCGCUUCGGAUUAUUUUAGCCUCUGGAUGUCCCAUUAUACCUCACCGCGAUUUCCAUCCGGGCUAUCGUGGUUACUUCUUCGAAGCUUCUCCUCACUGCAAAACACUCCUGGCAAAGGAGUUGCGGAUUCGUCGUCAGCAGCUGCGGGACUUGGCCCUGAACAAACUUUCAAUCACAGAGUUGAGAAACUUUACAACCCUGGACGAGGUACCCGACCUUGAAGCCAUCGGGAUGGAUAGGUUGCUUCGCCAAAAAGGAAUUCUUGGUCUGGGCCCCUUGUCGACUUUCGUGAAUGGGUAUCUGCCUCAACGGCAGGGACAAGAUGUUAGGUACUAUUCUAGGUCAAUAUUCUUCGACCUAAGAACUCCAGAAGAUGCAGAUCUCUUCCUAGACUCCGGCUUCAAGAUCAUCUCCACUGAUCAAGAUUAUACCUCUUCACUGGACAGAACACUCCAUAACCAGGAUUGGGCAUGGAUUCGUUACAUUUCACUCGAGUAUGCAAUAUGGCUAUUUCAACACCAGGCCCCGCUAUGGAAAUGGCAUUACAGGUUCACUAGCCCGAUGCCUUCCGUUUUCGUUCUUGCAGACAUUCUCGGUAUUGAAGACUACAAAUGUGCGGGCCAGGAUAACAUAAGUAAUAGGGCAGAACAUCACCUGUUCGAAUCUGUCUUGAUUGACAAAUGCUAUUGUCUGUGCUCACCCGAUGGCUGUACCCCCUUUACCUUGAGAAUGAAGUGGCUCGCACAUCCCCACGAGCAGGUUGAAGAGCUAACACCUCACGAAUAUGGCACACAAUUCGGUUCUUAUGCGGAAAUAUAUGGCAGGUGCUUGAGCCUGAGCCAUCACGUUAUCAUGGUGCGUCAAGCAACAUUUGCUGCGCUAGAUUUCAGACAUACCUGUUUGGAUAGGCCUGGAUAUAGUUGUUUCUCGAAUGAUCCCAAUUGGGUGUAUUUUAUGGGUCCAGUGAAAGAACUGGAACCAGACGAGAUAGAGCUUGAGACUCUCAAUGUAGAUGGAGAGGCAAUGAAUCAGUUGGAGGAAGUGGUCUCCAUGUUUCAGCACUUAGUGCUAUCCGGUCGCCAAACGACUGUCUCAAGCAAGAGUGACACUCUUGAUAUCGAUUAUUCAGCAUUCAACGAUCCAGCCGCCCUUGGCAUAGACGAACUCUAUUACCAGCGGAUUUUAGAGUUUUGGCGUCACAUUUGGGUAGAUAGGAUUCAGGUUGCUCUGGAUACUGUUGCCAAAAGUUGGGAGACCAAGCUUGAUGGGCAGCAUGAUCCUGUCCAACUUUCGACUUGUGAGGAGGCAGGUGAAGUAACAAAAGGCAGCAAGGAAUUUGAUGACGAUGCGAUGUUCAACAGAAUUAUUCAGCGGAUCCAGGAUAUCUAA